UAGCGUCUUGCAUUUGCACUUUCAACUGAUCUAUCGAGCACCAUGUCGUCCCUCUUGCCUCAGUACAAUACACGACGAGUGUCCGACGAGGAGGAACAGCGACCUCUGAAUUCAUGGAAAGAUGAUGAUCGAGCGAUGUCCUCGCCACCACCUCCGUCUUAUCCCCCCGGACGAGAUCACGCCAGUGGAUCGGGCUCCAAGAACAAGACGAUCACGUAUACGUUCGUGCCCCGGUGGCCAGUCAAGGGAAAGACGGAGAGUGUACUGGGCCUAGCGGGCGGCAAGGAUGCUACACUGGAGAUGGUUCUGAGAGCGUUCCCUGUCCUCAACAACUACCCGCCUGGGCGUAUCGAGUUCUUGGCAGCUGUCUCGCCUGAAACCAAAUUGGAAGACGUGCAUGGCUGGAGUCGAAUCAUGGAUGAAGCUUGGGACGAAUUCACCACCGAUGCUCCGUCAAGACUCAAAAUUCAAGUCGCUGAUCUUCCUGGUCAAGCGAGGCGGCGCGAAAUCCGAACUUGUGCCUUCAUUACCCUAGCAGCCUGCUCGCCCUUCGCCGUUUUUGCCCUGUUCAUACUCAUCAUCUACCUGAAUGUCGGAUCUCCCUGAGAGAUCACGUUUUGGUUUGGACAAUUGUCGGGCAGGGACGGUGUAGUGCCGAGCACUGAGGGCAGAUUACACCCGGGAUUAUACAAGGCGGGUUGAUCUAAUAUUACGCUUGCAUUAGGUUUUCAUGUUGUAGAUGCGGUAUAUAUACGUUGAUAUUAUGCACGAGUACCGAGGUCA